GACAAACUGUCACGUACGCAUUUGUGCGCAGCUAAAAACGUCAGACGCACACGAUUUGGCGUCCAGCGUCCGUUGUUGUGAACAGAAGUCUGCCUUUAUUGAAGUGCGGGAACCACAACAGAGGCUAAAGAAAGCGACAUGAAGGUGUUCCCAUGUGCGGUCAUACUCGUCCUGGUUUUCCCUCUUUCUACAGUUUCAGGAUCUCCGGGUGAUGUCAUCAUUCCAAAGGAUGACUCUCCGCUUCUUGAGGCUGAGUCUGAAGUAAAAAAGAUUGCAGAGAGGAGCGUUGAGUGUACCAAUGCUGUCGAUGACUGUAUCUGUAAAUACUCGGCAAUGCUUGUUACGUGCGAAUCAUCCCUGUAUAAGGGAUGGAUGCAGACAAAAUGUGCGGCUGCUUGUGGAUUUUGCACUAGAGAGUCUAUUAACAGCGAGUGUAAGAACAACUAUCCAGAUAAGACCUGUGACAUGCUGGUGAAGAAUGGCUUUCAACACAUGGCGCAGUUUCAGCUAUUCAUGUCAUGUCGGUGCGCCAAAUCCCUUGGACUCUGCGAGACAACUGCAGAACCAGAUACAGUAGAGCCGACCCCCGAGGACACGAUUGAUGUCGAAGAGGAAUGCCUUAAAAUUCAUAAUCAGAUCAGGAUUCACCACGGUGCAGAAGAACUCAGCUGGUGUGAGAAGUGUGCAGAUUUUGCGCAAGAAGUGGUGGAUAAACUGCAAGAUAGCAAUGAGCCAAUGGAGCACGCAAGCCGAGAGGAACGCACUUGGCUCGUGAAUGGCGAACUGGUCGUCCAUGGAGAAAGCCUGCAGUAUGAGUCUGAACCGCUAGACUGUAAGGGCGCCCUGCAUUCCUGGUACAGCGAAUCGGAACUGUAUGAUCCACAUAAUCCCGUAACCUCCAUGCUGGAAGAUGCCGCCCACUUUACGCAGAUGGUGUGGAAGGAUACAAAGAGCGUUGGGUGUGCUAAGUCACGGAACUAUGUUGCGUGCAUCUAUGAGCCAACAGGAAAUAUAAAGAACGCAUAUGAGAUCGAAAGGAACGUUCAACUGUAGGUUAAACCAGAUUGUUAAAUUCAUCAUCUGCAAUCAACAUACGUCGAAUCUGUGUAUUCCUUGACUUUUGACUUACAUAUUAUAGUAUGACUUAAAAGACAACAAAAUACACAUGACUUCAACAAAGCAUUGUUAAUCUAUGAAAUUAUUCCGAUAAUUUGUCAAAUUCUAUGUGGCCUUGCGACCGCAGCUAGGUCACCGUCGUAGUGGUACAUUGGUCUUAAUCAAAAGAUUUUGACGAUACAGAAUAAUGCAUCACGAGCAUAACAUUUAGAAACACUGCAAUACUACAUGCAGUUUUCUGCCAAAUCCAGUAGAUAUCGUAACGUAUUAUGAUGAGUUGAUACGAAGGAUGACCAAAUCAAGAAUAAUCGAAUAAGACAUGAAAAUAAUUCCCUUCUAGACGUUAUAUCAUAUGCAGAUUUAUCUAUCACCUAUUUGAUGAAGUAAAGUAAGAAAAGAUGGAGAAAUCUUUAGUGGUUUUGAAUCUGCAAUGCAGUGAGAAGCCAAGAGGGAAAGAAUAACACGCUUGAGUCCUUAAUAUACUCUUUAGUGGAAACCAGCCAAGUCUCUUGGUCGACAAUUGCACACCUGGUCCUAAGAAUGGACACCUCUAGGGUCACAUUGUUUGAAUAAAGAUUCACAGUGGCUUGAAAAA